AUGGGAUAUCCUGUUGGCAUCAGAAGACUGGCGGGGAGCAUAUUAUCAACCAAGUCAGUGAGGCUCCAAACGGAGUACCUUGGAACAAGGAAAACUAAAGUAAUCCUGCAUGGAGGUCCGCUGUUUAUUUCACUUGACCACUUGGGAUUUUUCUUUUCUAAAUUUGGCGAGGUAGCUAGUGUUUCAGCCGUUAAAAGUAAGGCCGGGAUAGCUACUGAAGAUGUAGAAGUCAUAGUAACGGUUACUAGGAAAAAUUUUGUGGCUAUUCCAAAUGUACUGACUUUUGAAGGACGUCCCAUCUACGUGACUGUUGAAGGACGACGCCCUCUCUGUUGGGCCUGUGGAGUGGUUGGUCAUCUAUCCAAAACGUGUCCUGGGAAGAGACCGGAACCACAACCGGAAAAUACAACGGCCAAGGAAAAAACUGACACAAGUGCCAAAGUAACAAAAAAAAUAUCCUGGAGAGUGGACGGAAGUGGUAAAGAAGGGAACAAAGGUUGCCCCCCAGCCUCUGCAGAAGUAGAAAUGCGACCAGCAUCAGCAGCAACAAAAGGGCGAACAGAAGAAGCCUCAAUUGGAGCAGGAGUGUCAGCAAGGGCAGCAGAAGGAAAAGUCACAGGAGAUGCAGCAUAA